AUGAACCGACUUGCAAAUGCCCUCAUACUUCUCAUGAGCUUGGGAUUGAAAGCUCACAGUUUAUAUGCUCCGGGCAUGGUCUAUGAAUUCGAAAAUAUUGAACCAUCAGCCAACCUCACAUGGACGCCAUGUUUCGAUGCCUUUAAUUGCACUAGACUGGAAGUUCCCUUGGAUUAUUCAAACAGAAAUCUUGGCACGACAUCCGUUGCCUUUAUCAAGUUGGCUGGCAAAAAUGCCACCGUCGAGUCUCCAAGCAUUGUACUCAUUCCCGGCGGUCCGGGUGGCUCUGGUGUCGACCUACUCCUCACAUACCAGAAUAUCAUUGGUCAGAUGUUUGGAGAACAAUACAACUUCGUCUCCUUUGACCCUCGUGGUGUGAACAACAGUGGUUUGCAUCUCGAUUGUUUCUCGGGAGACGCAAAGGCAAGGUCCACUUUCUAUCAACUGCAUAGAACAGGCGCCACCAAUAUCUCAUCAGUAUCGCUUGAGGAACAGUACUAUUCAAGCUCUAUAUAUGGCGAUUGGUGCAACCAUGCCGUCGAGAACAAUUCACCCCAUUCAUAUUACGUGACCACGCCAGCAGUUUCCCAUGAUUUGCUCGCGUUUACCGAGGCUGAGGCUGAGAUGGCUGGCAAAUCACCAUCAACUGCCAAAUUGUGGUGCUAUGGCAUCAGUUACGGCACUGUUAUCGGCAGCACUUUCGCUUCCAUGUUCCCUAACCGCGUCGGCAGAAUGGUGCUCGACGGUGUUUUGAAUGCAGAUCAAUAUUAUAGCAAUUAUUGGACAGACAAUGUUGAUCAAAUGGACGAGGCCAUGGAAACAUUCUCGACCUUCUGCCAUUCCGCAGGGCCCGAAAAGUGCGCAUUUUGGGGACCUACGCCGGCCAAUAUAUCGGCAAGAAUGGAUGGCAUUAUCCGUGAGCUUCAGAACCGUCCAGUCCCGCUAAGCAGAGUCGGAGAUCUGAACUUGCCGACAAUGGUCUCCUAUUCAGACCUAAAGACACUUUUCCUCAACGCACUCUACACCCCACUGGCUAACUUUCCAGACAUGGCCGACAUCUUAUACCAGGCCGAGCGGGGGAAUGUAUCUGCUCUUGCAGGCAUGUUUGAUCAGUCAAAUUCUAUAACCGAUACUCGCCUUGCCAUUACAUGCACAGAUUCAUAUCGGAGAAACAAACUUACUAACAUUGAAGAGCUCAAAUCUUGGGUGGAGUACACGAUUUCCAAGAGCAAGUACAUCGGUGAUAUCUACCCUACGUUACUGGAAGGUAUUUUAUGCCGAUCGUUCCGCCCACAUUUGCCUGAUAGCAUGGUAUUUCAAGACGAAAUAGGUGGACUCAAUACGCCUACUUCCUUCCCGAUUCUCUUUACGAGUAAUACCAUCGACCCUAUUUCUCCGCUAGUAUCGGCGCGCAAGAUGUCAUCUCGGUUUGCCGAAUCGGUACUUUUAAUGCAAGAAGCCGUUGGUCUUACUGGCGGGUGUUUUCUUGACUUCAGCAUACGGUCAUCAACCAGGGUGGGUCAAACUGUUACUUUGGACAUGUCCAGGCAUACUUCCAAGGCACAGCUAUCUCGCCCAACACCACCUGCCCGCGACAGUAUAUUCCUUUCAUAG